CAAACUCCCAUCACCACAACCUCCAUCGCUUCGCCGUCUCACACCCUGGAUCUCUACCCAGUCCAACCAGCCGCUGCGGGAAUCGUUUUCGUCUAGCCCUCUUCCUGCCAUAACCGCCACAUCACCAUCGCCAUGUCGGAUCCGGAAAGAGACCAAGCACUGGAGGAGUACAAGAAGAAGUUGUUGGAGUCGCGAGAGUGGGAGGCAAAAUUGAAGGCUCUGCGGUUAGAGAUCAAGGGCUUGCAGCAUGACUUUGACGUAUCCGAGGACAACAUCAAGGCGCUGCAAAGUGUCGGUCAGAUCAUCGGCGAGGUGCUCAAACAACUGGACGAGGAGCGAUUCAUCGUCAAGGCAUCAUCAGGGCCGCGAUACGUGGUGGGAUGCAGAUCAAAGGUCGAUAAAUUGAAGCUGAAGCAGGGCACACGUGUUGCCUUAGACAUGACCACACUCACAAUCAUGCGCAUGCUGCCCAGAGAGGUCGACCCACUAGUAUACAACAUGUCGUUGGAGGAUCCGGGACAGGUGUCGUUUGCGGGUAUUGGUGGACUGAAUGAGCAGAUCAGAGAGCUACGAGAGGUGAUUGAGCUGCCGCUGAAGAAUCCCGAGUUGUUCUUGCGAGUUGGUAUCAAGCCGCCAAAGGGUGUGCUUUUGUACGGUCCUCCUGGUACGGGAAAGACGCUUCUCGCGCGAGCAGUAGCUAGCUCGCUCGAGACGAAUUUCUUGAAGGUCGUCUCGUCUGCCAUCGUCGACAAGUAUAUCGGAGAAUCUGCCCGCCUUAUUCGCGAAAUGUUCGGCUAUGCCAAAGAACACGAACCCUGCAUCAUCUUCAUGGACGAAAUCGAUGCCAUUGGUGGUCGCCGCUUCAGCGAGGGCACGAGUGCCGAUCGUGAGAUUCAACGCACACUUAUGGAAUUGCUCAACCAGCUUGAUGGUUUCGACUACCUCGGGAAGACUAAGAUUAUCAUGGCUACAAACCGACCCGAUACACUCGACCCUGCUCUCCUACGUGCUGGUCGUCUCGACAGAAAGAUUGAGAUUCCUCUGCCAAACGAGGCAGGGCGAUUGGAAGUGCUCAAAAUCCAUGCCAUGAGCGUGCAGAAAGAAGGAGAGAUUGAUUUCGAGUCCGUGGUCAAAAUGAGCGAUGGGCUGAAUGGUGCAGAUUUGAGAAACGUGGUCACAGAAGCCGGGCUGUUCGCGAUCAAGGACUACAGAGAGAGCGUGAGCCAGGAUGAUUUCAACAAGGCAGUGCGGAAGGUUGCAGAAAGCAAGAAGCUGGAAGGCAAGCUGGAGUACCAGAAGUUGUAAAGAAUCUGAGGAGUAUGAUGAUGACUCUGCAUGAUCUGGCAUUGAGCAUGGCGUUACCAGGACAUGGCCGAGCGAGAAGCAAGCGCUUUGCGUGGCCCAUUGUACUAUACUUGACAGGUAGCAGAAAUGCCAUCCUAUAUUGUACUCACAGC